AUGGAGUGGAGAGUUACUGGUAGCUCCCAAGAUACAGGUUGGAGACGCCUGACAUGGGGUUAUCCGUUACAUAAGGAGGACGGUGGUCUGACGAACCGUGUGGCCCAGGACCUUUUCUGUCUGCUGGAUGGGAGUCGGGACGUGGUGGACUACACGCUGACCUUCUCAUAUCUGGAGCUGUACAUGGAAGAUCUGAGGGACCUGCUGGAGCUGUCCACCGCCAACAAGACCCUGUACAUCAGAGAGGACAGAGGAAAUACUGUCGUAGUCGGGGCCAUAGAGCAGCAGGUGUGUUCGGCUGAAGAGAUCUUCAGCGCCCUGGCCACUGGAAACGCCCGCCGCCACACGAGCCCCACCGGCAUGAACAACCUGUCCAGCCGCUCGCACGCCAUCGUCACGCUCCAGCUGCACCAGCGCGUCCAAGACCCGACCACCUCAGAAUGGUUCGAGCACACGUCGAAACUCCACCUCGUCGACUUGGCCGGGUCCGAGCGCGCCGACAAAACCGGCAACACGGGCCUGCGCCUCAGAGAAUCCGUGCACAUCAACACAGGAUUACUCGCGCUCGGAAACGUCAUCCGCACACUGACCGAUCCGAAGCCCAACCCCAAGCACGUGCCCUACAGAGACUCCAAGCUCACGCGUUUGCUCCGGGAUUCGUUGGAAGGACGAGCUCACACGCUGAUGAUCGCGUGCGUGAGCCCGUCGGAGCGCAACUUCACCGAAACCCUGAGCGUGCUGCGGUUUGCUUCCAAAAUGGCCGCCCAUUCAAGUCAAUGGGCUGAGCUCAAUGUUAACCCCAAGUUCAUUCUUCUUUGUAUAACUCGUUUUAAAAUUCCUAAACUGUACAUACCAUGUUGCGUCGGUAGAGGGCGCUGUCGCUUUUUCACACAUGUAGUUUUAGUUUACGUUUGUACUCUCGUUUGUUCUUUUGGGAAACAACAAACGUGA